AUGUCCAAGGAAGACAAGGAACUGGGCUAUGUGCUGGGCACGGAAUCCGAUGGAACAGACUCUUUUGACACCAUCACUGCUCUGGUAGCCGCAGACCAUGCCCAUGAGAUCAAGCUUCGGACGAUGACAUGGCAGAAGACGGCCUGCUUGCUUGCCGGUGAGCAGGUUUGUCUGGCUAUUAUGGCACAAUCGUGGUCUCUCUCGGGUGUCUCACUCAGUGUUCUCGGAUGGGUUCCAGGGAUCAUUACGAUGGUCCUUUGCGGACUCCUAUUCUGGGUCACGUCCAUCACGAUGCAUAAGUAUAUCAUGAAGCAUCCUCAUAUCAUGGAUAUCUCCGCCUCCAUGGGUAUUGCAAUCCUCCUUUUCCUCAUUUUCGCCGGUAUCGAGAAAGCCCCUUUCUACGGAAACAGCGGCAACUACCCGACUGAAGGACCCGUGAAAACCUAUGCCUUCCCCUUACCAGGUACCACGUGGGUUGCUUGCAUGAACGCUGUGAUGAAUAUCACCUUUAUCUGGGUCCCCCAAAUUUUGUUCCCAACCUUCAUCUCCGAGAUGGAAAGACCACAAGAUUUCCCCAAAGCACUGGCCGUUCUCGCAGUGAUCUCUGCCAUCCUCUUCAUCGUCCCUUCCACCAUCGGAUUCCAUUUCCUAGGCCAAUAUUCUACAGCCCCAGCCUUUGGCAGUCUGGGAAUCGUCUCGGACAAGAAAGCGUCAUUCGGCUUCGUGAUCGUCCCUACCCUGAUUAUUGGUGCAAUCUACGCCAACGUGACUGGGAAGUUCCUCUACACUCGCAUCCUCGGCAAGUCUCGACAUUCCCACAGCCACACCGUGAUUGGAUGGGGCGUUUGGGGGAUCAUCAUGGUCGUGAUCUGGAUCCUUGGGUUUGUUUUCGCAGAGAUCAUUCCCAGCAUGGGUGAUUUCCUUUCCCUGCUGAGUGCGGCCUUUGAUUCGUUCUUUGGGUUCAUCUAUUUCGCCCUUGCAUACUGGCAAUUGAACCGGGGAGCCCUUUUCCGCGGUCUGGGGAGGACUGCCAUGACGGUGCUCAAUGUUUUCAUCCUGAUAGUUGGACUGUUCUUGCUAGGUCCUGGGAUGUAUGCAGCCGUGGAGGCGAUCAUUGCUGACUACGCGGGAGAUGUCACACCUGCCUUUACGUGUGCCAACAUGGCUAUCUAA